CUGGAACGCUCUAGAGGGCAGCGCGCGCGUGCACGCGCAGGUCACGGCAGCCGACGUGGUGCGUGCGCUGCGCACGCGCGGCAAGAGGCGCUGUGUGUGUGGAGCUGCUUGCGGAGCUAAUUGUACUUCCAGGCUCGCGCUCCGGACAUGGGGUCCUUGCUGUUCCUGCUCUUCUUGCUGUCGCUCCUAUCCGUCCUGUGGCUUGAGCGAGGGAAUGGACAGACUAUUAGUAUGGUCCAGCUGCCAGGUGGGAGAUUCCAGAUGGGAACAAAUUCUCCAGAUGGCAGAGAUGGUGAAGGGCCUGCCCGGGAGGUGACAGUAAAACCUUUUGCCAUUGACAUAUUUCCUGUUACCAACAAAGAUUUCAGGGAGUUUGUCAGGGAGAAAAAGUACCAGACAGAGGCUGAGACAUUCGGGUGGAGCUUUGUCUUUGAGGACUUUGUCUCCGAUGAGCUGAGAAACAAAACAACCCAGCAAAUGCAGUCUGUUCUCUGGUGGCUUCCAGUGGAAAGGGCAUUUUGGAGGCAGCCUGUCUCCCUCCACCUUGGCUAUCAGCCUGCAGGUCCCGGUUCUGGCAUCCGAGAGAGACUGGAGCUCCCAGUUGUACAUGUGAGCUGGAACGAUGCCCGUGCCUACUGUGCCUGGCGGGGGAAACGGCUGCCCACUGAGGAAGAGUGGGAGUUUGCUGCCCGAGGGGGCUUGAAGGGUCAGAUUUACCCAUGGGGGAAUCGGUUCCAGCCAAACCGCACCAACCUGUGGCAGGGAAAGUUUCCCACGGGUGACAAGGCUGAGGAUGGCUUCCAUGGCGUCUCCCCAGUGAAUGCCUUCCCCCCUCAGAAUGCCUAUGGGCUCUAUGACCUCGUGGGCAACGUGUGGGAGUGGACGGCCUCCCCAUACCAGGCCACUGGUCAGGACAUGCGUGUGCUCCGGGGGGCAUCCUGGAUCGACACAGCCGAUGGCUCUGCCAAUCACCGGGCCCGGGUCACCACCAGGAUGGGCAACACUCCAGAUUCAGCCUCAGACAACCUAGGCUUCCGCUGUGCUUCCAGUGUCGGCCGGCUGCCUGGGGAGCUGUGAGCAGCCAUGCAGAGACAAGAAGAGUCCUCCAUGGUCCCCACGUCAUUCCCUGACCUUACUCCAAACACAGCCAGGCCUCAACCAGUGGCCUCUCCAACUUCAGCCUCAGGAACAACCUCCUUCCCCUUCUCCCUCUGCAUAACAGGAGCCUCUCACCAGGGCGGAAGAGCCUCUAAACCUCAGAGCAGGGGUCCUGGUCUUGGAGGAGAGGCCCGACUUGUUGACUGUGGCCAGGAACUGGGUGUUUCUACUUGAGGUCCAGUAUUAACCAUAUAGGGGCCAAAUGCUCGAACAGUUGAAGUAGAAUGUUCUAAAAAUUUUUAAAUCUGUUCUCUCCCACUUUCUCCCUCUCUGAAUGAGGAAUCUGACAUUGUUUCCUCAAAAUAGAAUUUCCCCACAGUUUUCCCCUCCACCUAGCAAAUUGCCUUAGAAGGAAAAGGCUUCCUUCAUUUGCCUUAUCUGUAUUUUUUGUCUCUCUGAAGGAACCUCAUUUCCACUCUGCUAUGUAAAAUGUAGUGACUUGGGCUCUUUAAAGCACAGUGUCAAUCUUAAAAGGGUGGGCACUGGGAGAACCAAAUGACGACCCAGAUGGUGAAGCUGAGCAGUGUGGGAGUCGGGAGGUAAAUAAUACUCCAGAGAGACACAUAUCACAAGCUUCCCCUUCUAUUGUUAAUUAUUUAUGGGCUUCCCAACACCGCUAAAAUCAUGUCCCUGGAGAGUAACCUGCUCCCAUGCUGUCACUGGACAUUGUCAGGUUAGUAAAACCUCCUGUGAUUGUGUA